AUGUCCCCGCCUCCUACCCAUGGCUCCGCCUCCUCCCCAUGGCCCUGCAUCUUCCUAAUGGCCCGACCUCCUCCUCAUGGGGCCGCCUCUUCUUCAUGGGGCCGCCUCUUUCUCAUGGCCCCGCCUCCUCCUCAUAACCCCGCCUCCUCCACAUGGCCCCGCCUUCUCCCCUCGGCCACGCCUUCCUCCUCAAGGCCCCGCCUCCUCCUCAUGGAUAAAUCAGACUAA